GCUGCCUCCAUGUAGGUCUAACCUCACAUGGGACUCUAGGUUGUGUGAGCGCUACCCGUCGUGACAAGACGCCGGCGACUUUGGACCCUCCUCCUCUCGUUUUUCUCCUCCUUCGUGGGACACUGUAUCGGGUGCCGCGAUGCCGGGAGUGAUGUGGACGCCGGAGCUGGCGCUUCUGAGGGGCUUCUCCACGGAGGCGGAGCGGCUGGUGUGGAAGCAGGAGGGCAUCUGUGGUUCAGAUAUUGGCGUUUUCUUAGAAUUGCUGCUAGAAGGGAGCUAUGAGGCCUUGUUCCUCCAUUCAACGACACAAAAUAUUUUAAAUUCAGCGAUGAUGACUGAAGAAAAGAUUGACAGCUACCUGGAGAAGCAGAUAGUAAAUUUCCUGGAUUGCUCUACGGAUUUAGAAGAGAUUGAAAGGUGGGUGGUCAAAGGACUGGAUGCUAUUAUUAUGGGUCUCCUCAUUCUAGAUGGUGAAUCAGUCUACAGCCUCACUUCAAAGCCCAUACUGCUGCUAAUGGCACGCAUUAUCCUAGUGAACAUCAGACAUAAAUUAACAGCGCUCCAGAGCUUGCCAUGGUGGACUUUGAGAUAUGUGAAUAUUCACCAACAGUUGCUUGAGGAGCGAUCACCUCAGCUUUUUGCUCUUGCCAAAAACUGUAUUGAUCAAGUGAUGAAACAAGAGAAUUUAUUUGAAGGAGAUUCAGGUCGACUUUUGGCUAUUCAAUUUCAUCUGGAAUGUGCACAUGUAUUUUUAUAUUAUUAUGAAUAUAAAGAAGCAAAAGACCAGUUCAGUACCGCUGAAGACAUCAGCAGGUUACAGAUUGGCCUGACAGGUGCUUUGGGAAAAAGGACACGAUUCCAGGAAAAUUAUGUGGCACAGCUGAUUGUAGAUGUCCAGAGAAAAGAGGAUGUCCCUUCCAGUUGUGAGUUCAGCCCAGCACCCACGCCCCAGGAGUGUUUAGCCAAGAAUCUUGAGCUCAACGAUGAUACUGUUCUGAAUGAAAUAAAGUUAGCAGAUAGUGAACGGUUUCAGAUGCCGGACCUGUGUGCGGAGGAGCUUGCUGUGAUCCUUGGAGUCUGCACAAAUUUCCAGAAGAACAACCCGGUUCAUAAGCUCACGGAGGAGGAGCUGCUGGCCUUCACGUCGUGUUUACUUUCCCAACCAAAGUUCUGGGCCAUUCAGACGUCAGCCUUGAUCCUCCGGACAAAACUUGAGAGAGGAAGCACACGGCGAGUGGAGAGGGCCAUGAGGCAGACCCAGGCUCUUGCAGACCAAUUUGAAGAUAAAACCACAUCUGUACUGGAACGUCUGAAGAUUUUCUAUUGUUGUCAAGUACCCCCUCACUGGGCUGUUCAGCGCCAGCUUGCAGGUUUGCUGUUUGAGUUGGGAUGCACCACCUCAGCCCUGCAGAUAUUUGAGAAGCUGGAGAUGUGGGAGGAUGUGGUCAUCUGCCAUGAGAGGGCUGGGCGGCACGGAAAGGCAGAAGAAAUACUUAGGCAAGAACUGGAGAAAAAGGAAACACCAAGUUUAUAUUGCUUGCUUGGAGAUGUCCUGCAAGAUCACUCCUGCUACGACAAGGCUUGGGAGCUGUCCCGGCACCGCAGUGCACGUGCCCAGCGCUCCAAAGCUCUCCUCCAUCUUCGGAACAAGGAGUUUCGGGAAUGUGUGGAGUGCUUCGAACGCUCAGUGAAGAUCAAUCCCAUGCAGCUCGGGGUCUGGUUUUCUCUAGGCUGUGCCUACUUGGCCUUGGAAGACUAUGGCGGAUCAGCAAAGGCCUUUCAGCGCUGUGUGACUCUAGAACCCGAUAAUGCUGAGGCUUGGAACAAUUUAUCUACUUCCUAUAUUCGAUUAAAGCAAAAAGUCAAAGCUUUUAGAACAUUACAAGAAGCCCUCAAGUGCAACUACGAACACUGGCAAAUCUGGGAAAACUACAUUCUCACCAGCACCGAUGUUGGGGAGUUCGGGGAAGCCAUCAAAGCUUACCACCGGCUCCUGGACCUCCGAGAAAAAUACAAAGAUAUUCAGGUCCUUAAAAUUCUGGUCCGGGCAGUGGUUAAUGAUAUGACCGACCGAAGUGGCGAUGUUGCCUCCAGCCUCAAAGGCAAGCUGCAGGAGUUGUUUGGCAGAGUCACUUCAAGGGUGACCAAUGAUGGAGAAGUCUGGAGACUGUAUGCCCAAGUGCAUGGGAAUGGGCAGAGUGAGAAGCCAGAUGAGAACGACAAGGCAUUCCAGUGUCUCUUGAAGGCGUACAAGUGUGACACACAGUCCAGUUGUUGGGAGAAAGAUGCUACAGCGUUUAAGGAAGUUGUUCAAAGAGCCAUAGGACUUGCUCAUGUGGCUAUGAAAUGCGCUGAGAGCAAGUCCAGUCCCCAGGAAGCUGUACAAGCACUUUCUUCAGUUCGGCUCAAUCUACGUGGCUUGUUAUCCAAAGCUAAGCAGAACUUUACAGAUGUGGUAAGUAGAGAAGUCUCUGGAGAGCUAGCCAGUGAAAUAGCAGUUGUGAAUGCUCUGGAGGCAGAGCUGCAAGACCUCAGCAACCAGCUUCGAAACCGGUACUGACUGAAAAGCAGCUUGUGGCAAAAUCACUUCUGCCUUCUCAAAUUCCUCCAAUACCUGUAUGUCUGAAACACAAGAUACCCAUUUUUAAAAUGAAUUUGUU